UUUGUCAAUUUACAGGAAAACAGAUAUGCAGUUAUGGAUGUCUGUUACCCACAGUCACCUGUAGGUUUUAUUCGUGAACAAAGUAACGUCCUUGCCAGACAGUUUCUUCGUACAAGGCGUCCAUUUGUGGCUUGCAUAACUGACGGCCUGGGUAAUGAGCUCUUUAGGGUUCGGAGGCCCUUUUGGUGGAUCAACAGCUCAAUUUACGGAGAGAUAAAUGGAAAAGAGGUUGGUGUUGUCCACAGAAGAUGGCAUCUCUGGAAGAGAAUUUAUGAUUUGUACUUGGGGAGAGAUGGUCGACAAGAAGGGAGCAACCUUUGGGCUUUACCUUAUUAUCGGGUAGCAGUUGAAUUCAAUAGCUAUGACCGGGCUUCUAUGGUAAAUGUCUACUGGUGCUUGUUGAUUUCAGUUCAUGGUGGACCUGAAAACAUUUUUGUGAACUGUUUUGGGCCUAUUUUCACUGAUGCUGGCCAGUAUGUGAUUCGGUUCGGGAAUGCAUAUUCUAGUAUUUGUCCUAUUACAGGGAUUCAAGAGUUGGAAGUAGCUCGCCCAUUAAUCCUAUCAGAAAGAGCAGUAGCUGUUGCGCUUGCUAUAUCUCUGGAUAAUGAUUAUUUUUCAAGACAUGGAGGCUGGGGAAUACCAUUUGUUGUAGUCAGUGAAUGAGAUUAAAUAUGUAUACUUAACUAGAAGAUGUAUAGAGCACCAAAGUGGGAGUAAUCAAGACCCUGUUUUCUCAAGAUCUCUACAGUAUUCUUCAUUAUGUUUUAGAUCAUCCUACUGGUCAAAGAGAUCAUCAUCCUCAUGAAAAAGAUCAUCCUGCUGUAAGAAAAUGCUGCUCGGUCAGGUACUCACUGGUUACUCUUUCAAGUAUUAGUCUCUGCCUGUUUGUUGGCCUUCUAGGUUUUGCUACACAGCUUGUUGUGAUGAUGAUAAUGUUAGGAGAAGUCUUCGCGCUGGAGUAGCUCCCUCCAUCUUAAUGUUUUUGAUGGGGUUUGUUACGUGAUAACAAUGCAUUUUAGCUAAAAACUUUGACUUGAUGUUUAUGCCCUUGAACUUGUAGUGCUUUCUCUACUGAGAAUCGACACGAAAUGUUCUGUCAAUGUCAAUUUGAUAUGUAUAUCAGCUGAGAAUUUAAGCGUUCCUGGACUACUUGGAAUCAUACAUUUUAAAGUAUUAUCAUAGGUUCAAUUAUCAAUUA